AUGUCUAUGAACAUCUUCGCCCGCAACCGCUCAGCAACCAACUCCUCGGCCAACUUCUCACCCUUUGCGAUCCCAGAAGACAAAGAUCAGCCAACAGCAACACCGCGAUCACCCCUUCACAUCCAACUGGCCGAACGGCAGAACUCACUCCCCCCUCAGCCAGACUCCACCACCACUGCCAGGCCGAGCCAGCAUCUACCGAAACUAGCCGGGAACUCGAUCCCCAGGCUGAGACGUGCCUCAUCAAAAGUCUUCAACCCAUUCCCCCAUCCAUUCACAUCCACCCCACCAACCGACCCCCCAGCCAACAACAUCAAGAAUCCCUCCCUAGAAUCGCUCAUCGAAACCAUCCAAACCAGCCCAGUCACUCUCCCCGAACCGAACUGCAACAGGGAUAACCUAUCGGAUUACGAUCCAAUCACCCCGGCCGAUAUCCGAUCAUUUGAAGACGAUGGUCAGGAGGGAAGCCUCCAGGACGCACUCGACGUGGGAGAUCCAAACAGUCUCACCGACACCAUCAAUCAACACCAAAAGCCGGCUGCUCAGCUCAAGGGCCACUCCACUCCCCCAGAUGAUCACCACCGAUCCACAGCAGUCGAUCCCAGGCGCUCACCCAACAGCCAUGCUCAUCUCGCCCCCUCCAACAUCCGUGGGCUCGGGAACUUCUUCGACAAGGCGGUCAACUACAUGUUCGACACCGAUGCCCACUCCUACGACUCUCGUCUGACCGCCGAACUAUGGAUCAUCGGUGGCCAGCAGUUCUCUGGGGUUUGGAAGUGGGGAGAAGUCCAACAGCCGGAUGACUCCCCCUAUGAGGAUCUCGGUAUGCCCCUCGGAAACCCUGGAACGGGAAGCGGCUCAGAUGCAAGUCAUCAACCACCCCUCUCACUCAAGAAACGAACCGGUCUGCGUCGGGUCACCGUCGGCAAGACCAAGGCGAUCUUCAAACAUCACAGCAACAGCUCCUCCCUAUCUCAUCACUCGCCACCCCAACCAGCCCGAAAGAGCGUCGAACUCGCACUCUCCGCUCGCAUCAAUCCCAACCAACCACUCUCACCCUCCUCCUCCACACCCUCUCCCGAACCUUCACUUGCCCUCAAUCAUCCUAACAAUCAUAGGAUCGAUGACCCCACUCUCCUGUCCCCCCUCGUCACUCACUCUUACCCCCCUGUAUUCUAUCAUGCCUUCGCUUCAAUCAUCGGCCUCACCUAUCGCACCGAUUUCCCACCUAUCCCAUGUACCAACGACCGCUCAAAAUCAUCCGCUAUCGGUGCUGCCGGUGCUCGCGUGGGCGGCAUGUUGGCCUCCUUAAGCCUGAGUAUCGGUCGGACUGGUAAAAAACCACGAAGUGGACAAGGUGGCUCCAGGAGUCCGAGUCCCCAUCGACAUCUCGGUGAUCGAACCGAUGAGGACGACCAUCGAACACCUGAUUCAGCUCCGCCCAGAGGCUUGAAUACUGACGUCGGAUGGGGAUGUAUGCUACGAACGGGCCAGAGCAUGCUGGCAAAUGCCUUGUUGGUAACUCAUCUCGGAAGAGAUUGGCGACGGCCCAUCCCUUCGAUUACGUCUCCCUCGAGCUCCCUGGCCGUGGACCCGCUGUACGCUCGCCUGCUCUCAUGGUUCAUCGACUCCGCUUCCCCCCUGGCUCCAUUUUCAGUCCACCACUUCACAUCCAAAGGAAAAGAACUAGGGAAAGAAGUCGGUGAAUGGUUUGGACCUAGUACAGCUGCUGGAGCGAUCAAAGCUUUGACCAAUCAGUUCAUGCCCGCCGGAAUAGGAGUGGCUACUGACACCGAUGGCACAGUAUAUCGCUCCGAUGUCUUCAGUGCAUCUUCUUUUAACACUUCUUCCGGCGCUAACGGGGACCAUACCUCCAGCUCAAUCAAAACUUCCUGGCAGAGGCCAGUUCUGGUCUUGAUUAAUGUUAGAUUGGGACUAGACGGAGUCAAUCCAGUAUAUAACGAGGCGAUAAAGGCGACUUUCACUUUCCCUCAAUCAGUCGGAAUCGCUGGCGGCCGACCAUCCUCUUCCUAUUACUUCUGCGGUCAUCAGGGGGACUCGCUCUUUUACAUUGACCCUCAUCACUCUCGGCCGGCAAUUCCAUUCGAGGAACCACCCAAACCCCUCAUGUUCCCUGCGCAGAGGAUCAGUUUGAAUCCCAGGACUUCAUUUGGGAAGCAAGAUGGAGACUGGGAACAGAUCUCUUCAACGGAUACUGAUAGCCUUAUGUCUGGAUCUGCUGGCUCCGAAGGACUGGGCCAUCGACCGAGAAAACAGCAGCAGGCCAAAAAUUCUGACAAAGUCUCGUUUCAGACCGGCAAUUCUUCCUCGAUCUCAAUCAAUCUCCGUAGGGAACAGCUGGAUGAUUUCUAUGCUGGGGCUUAUCCCAGCUCAGCUUUACAGACUUUUCAUCCAGAGAAGGUUCGAAGGAUGAACUUGUCCGCACUGGAUCCAAGUAUGCUACUCGGUUUCCUAGUUAAAGAUGAAGCCGACUGGGAGGAUCUGACUGCUCGGAUACGAUCGUUCAAACCGCCUCUCUUCCAUAUCGCUGAAGUAACACCCGCAUGGAUGCGAACUAACGUCGAUCCUGCCGCCUCACGAGCCAGUGCUGAUUUCAGACCAUCAGAUGAUAGUGACCUAGGGAUUGAUAGUUGGUCUGAGCCCGAAGGCGAUGACUGGGGAACCAACAGUCGAGCCGACGACCACUCCUCAUCUGGGCCAACCUCCCACUCGACUGGUAUGGAUGACCACGAUGAAGGCCUGAUGGAGGGCGCACGGGAUGAUACGGAAUCCUCAACGAAUGUCGACUCGAUGAGCAUCGAUGACGAGGGAUGGGAUAAUGUCGAGAGUGGCCCGACAAAAGUUGACCAUCGGCAGCAUGCGAUUCCGCCGACGCAGCAGCAGCUACCCGGACUAGCUCGACGUGAUCAACCAUUUAAUAAAGCUAUCCAUAGACUAGUCGAACCGGAUCCUUCGCGCCGAGGAUCUUCUCGGGACGCCUACGCUCCAUCGCACGGCCGAGCGCAAUCUGUCAAUGUACAACAAUCAUUUCCCCAGGGAGCCUCGACAAUUCGCUCGGUCCAUCAUCCCUAUCGCCACUCGAGCUCCUUGAGCGAGGGCGACGGCGACCAGGCCGAAGUGAUCAACUGCCUGAGCCGGGCCAUCGAGCCAAAUGUCCAUCAUCGGACGAAGCCUGCAGCAGCAGUCUGCAUGCCCCCGAGUGCCUUCCCCACCUCCCAGCUCGCCGCCUCCGCCGUCUCGCCCACGCACUCGAUCCGUGACGAACCACGCGCUCGCAAUAUCUCUGCUGCUACCGUCCGCGCUAGACACAGCGACGAACAACUCGCUGAUAGUGAAGAGACUUUGAAUCACCAAGAGCGCCGGAGAUUGGACUCCCAGGGUAGUCUCCGAGCUUUACGUGCCUGA